AUGUCUCUUGACAAGUUUAACUUCCAUUCCAGGGCUGGAGCUCGAAGACCGUUGCCUGAGGACGCUGGGACUCGGGCAGAUAUUGAACAUGUCCUUCAGCAUGGUUAUGUCGUUAUACCUGAUUGUUUCACAAAAGCAGAAGCCAAAGAAGCACGAGACGAGAUUGUACGCUUGUUGGGCAAGGACCCAUUGCCCGGCCGCAACAGUUUCGAAGGUCUAAACACCAACCGCAUAUACUCUCUCCUCAACAAGAGUCGAGUAUUUGACAAGUUUUUGGUCUUACCUCGCGUGCUGGCAUUGAAUGAUUACUUCUUGGACCCAGGGUAUCUGCUUUCGGCAUUUCAUACCAUCUCCAUCAACCCGGGCGAAAAAGCACAGGCUCUGCAUCAUGACGACGGCUAUAUUCAGGUCCCGAGGCCCCGAUUACCAUUCGGUGCGGCCAUCAUGAUCGCAUUCGACGAGUACACGGCUAGCAACGGCGCCACAAGAAUCAUACCUGGUUCUCAUAUCUGGGACAGUUCGCGCCGUGGAACUCCUGAAGAAACGAUACCUGCCCUGUGCCCCGAGGGAGGAGUGGUGUAUUUCGUCAGUACCUUGUGGCACGGGGGAGGUGCCAAUGUGUCCGAUCGUCCUCGACAGAGUGCCACGGUUCAGUAUUGUAACCCGUACAUUCGUCCGAUCGAGAACCAGAUACUGGCCGUGGAUCCACGAAAGCUUGAUCAGAUUGACCCGCGGAUUGUGGAGAUGAUGGGUUAUAAGCACAUGGAGCCCUUUAUGGGUUAUGCAGACGGUCUAGGCCCUCGUCGGGCCGCUCGGAGGAUGGUGAGAUGGCUCCAGAGCGAGGUGGACGAAAACCCUCCAACAUUUGCACACGAGGCUCCAGAAGCCAAGUUGUGAGAGGAGUCGAGUACCUACUAUAGGUAUUGUCGCGUGCCUUGUCAGGACCGAUUCGUCACGCGAGAGAGAGUGUGAGAGACACAUAGACAAACACAGCUCGUAAGGCUGACAUGGCGUGAUGACCAAUAAUGAGGCAAAAUUGUCGUGUAAUCGG